UUUCUACAUUUUCAUCGGAUACAGCUCCCGGACUCCGCCAUUCUAGCACUUUGGGAUCAAAUCAUACUGCCGAAAUUUAUGAAGUAGAAUCAAAUAUCUCAAUCUCAAACAAAAAUGUUACCUGCUAUAUCUCUAGAUUGCUAAUAAAUGUUCACCUAUAUCUAUCACGCGGGCUGGUCCUGGAGCGUUCAUUCGCCCUCAGCUACUUUAUGUAAUGGUCGACUCUAGCUAAAAGUGGAAUGAUGUAAGUAUUGUUCGUCGUAGACAAAACGAAAGAAACAAAUACAAAUAGACGCUUCUGCUUGUUGUGCUUCAUCUUGUUCGCCAGCACGACUACAUCCAGUACCUUCUAGACCAACAGGAGCCCACAGUUACAGCGUCUCCGUCUAACUAUCGGCGUGGUGCCUUGCAGAACUCCACGGUAGAGCUGCCCUCUUACAUGGCUGAAACAUUCAUUGGGCAGUGGAUAACGGAUCUGCGGAUGCGGAAUGAGGAGUAUAACAUUACGAAUCCAUCGACUUCAAAGGUUGUCGUUGUAUAUUUAGUUGUACUAGUUGCAGAAGUAGAUGCAGAAGUAGAUUCACACUCAGCAGAGGAAGUAGUGAAAAUAUCUCGAUGUUGUCGGACUAGGACAUUAACAUUGACAUGAGUACUAUUUUAGUAGAACAAGUAGAAGUAUCUUAACCUUAUCGAGGUCGUCGUGUAGAAGUACUAGAAGAUACAUUUACGUCAACGUCCUCGUGGUCUUUCACUAGGAGAAAGUGUCUAGCUUCAACUAAACACUAGUAGGCUUAUGAGGAUUAGUAAAGAUCUUGUUGUAUUUCAUUUUCACGUAGUUGAUUAUCUUGAAUGCUUUGUUCUUCCAUGAUAGUGAGUGUUUGAUGUGUCGUUGUUGAAACUUGAGACCUGUCAUGUGACUGUGGCGUCAUUACUGAGCUCCUCUCAGCUGAGACGAAUCUGUCCCUGACGAUGCCUAUUACUGGUCGUAGUGAUUAGCGGCCAUUAGCUAGUCAAGUGUAAGUGUCGUGAAAACCUUAUCACCAGAAAAUGAAUUUGAAUUUUGGGCGAUAAAAAACCACUUUUUCGAGAAUAAUUGAAAUUUCGACUUCAUUUUUUUGAAAUUUGAAACUUUGAAUUUCUACUUUUUCCAUCUGAGAGAAUCUGUGGAAUGUUGUAGAUAGCAAGAGGGCACACAGAUGCUUACUCUAUCAUAAUGUAGUAGAAGUAGGAUGUACUAUUAAAGUAGUAGUGAGAGGAUCUUCGCUCGAUAGGCCGGAAUAAAGACCAACUACGGUCGCACGUGAUGUACUGCUUCUGCUUCUACUUCAGAAGACGUAACUCUCUUUCCAAAAAUGUAGUUCUUUCACUCCUAGAAAGACUACUAAAGAAGUUUGUUGCUCAACCUAGAACAAGAGACAACAACAAGCUCCACCUCUAAGUUCUCUAAUCUCGAAGCAGAAGACAACAAAGAGCAGAUUGCGAGUACCUCUGUGGCGCCAUGGCCUCCAAAAGAACUUGUGCCGAUCGAAUUUUAUGCUCCAUCUCCUAAUCCAUCUCUAGUACAGGGAAGUAGAUUCGUCAACAAUUCAAGGGGAUCCGUCAACGUUUCAUCUGGCGUUGUACCCCAUGAAAAUAAAUGAAUGGCAACUGCAAUAUCUACUAGAAGACGUAGGUGGUGGACGAGUAGACCUAUUUACCUGUUAACUUUUUACUCCGUACUGUAGAUAGUUGACCUUGACGAGGACAGAGUAGAUAGACUGGAAGCGAGGGGAUAGCGCUCGUCUUAGCACCGACCACAGAGAUGUUCACAGAUAUCAAAAUCAAUGGUUUGCUAGGGACACUUAGCUCUCUCUAAGAGUUUGUUACCGAUUUAACAAUCGAGGUACUGCUUCGAAGUGGGAUGUGGGUAGAGUUUGCCAAAGAGAUACUGCGUUCGCUCGACGUCGUCGCCGCUCCGGAUGUUACGAUGAGUCACUCCUCUUGAGGGCGCUUGAUUGGUACACCCAAUUUUUAAACUCGUAAAAUCGAACCUCAAAUUGUUGAUGUCAGUAUGAAAAAGUUGGCCCCCAUUAAACUCGAAAAAUAUAAAAUUGUUCACAGCAUCAAAAAGGUGGCCCCCAUUUAAUGGUCGAAGCUCGCCGAUGCUAUUUUGGUUCUUUAUCUUUCCUCCGUGGCAGUUUCACUACCUCAAUUUUGAUAUACGCGUUAUUCUUGACCACAUUUACCUUACGUUAUAUCGACCUUGAAGUUCUUGAAUCUGUUGCGUCUUGCCGGUAGUUUAGAAGGGCUACUCACGUUAUUUUUGACCACAUGCACAUUACAGCGUUAUAUAGUUACUUAUAUAUCAUCGACCCACCUCCCACAAUGAUUUAUAUUACUCCCACAUCGUUGUGUUAUCAAUAUAUGAUUAAGGACGCUCUUUCUAAUAUCCAUGUAGAAAGCAUCUUUCGGGAGUUGCUGAUAAAAAACAUUGUGGAACAGAGUUCGGCAGGAGACGUUGAGAAGAGCAAUUCGACGAAUCAGAUGACGGGGUUUCUCCCAUUCGACGACUGCUAUCGGAUCCUCAAAGGCGUCGGGAAGAUUAUGAUUCUGACUUGCUCCAAAUUGGCUCCAAUAUGACUUCUUGCGCUUUCGGAAAAAAUGAUAAAAAUGCAGAUGGUCUAUCUCUAUAGGAUCGAUUGUAUUCCUAUUCCAGAAGUAGAAUACACAAUCGAUUUCUUGUUGGAUACAUAUCAUUCAAGAUUGGUGAUUCUUGCUUCGCCCCCUAAGAAAGGUAAUUACAUGUCGUGCGCCUACUUAUCGAAGGUAUUGUUCUUUCAAUCGGUAAAUGGACCUUGUCGAAGGCAUCUUCCUUUCAACUAGAGGAGAGAAAAGCUGUGUAUCCUGUCAACUAGAAGAAACAGAAAGGAAAGGUGGUUUCAAACUACACUCUGAUCGCAGCUACAUUCUGAUGGAACGUUCUAAGAAGACAUCGGGAAUGGAUUUCCGCUACUUCCGGCGCACCAUACAGGCCUUAGUUAUGGCUCUAUUAAAAAUCGUUGAUGUAGUCGUGCAUGUGCUAUAACUUCCUGCUUCCUCAGUCUCAGAGUCUAGCUCGAUUAGUACUAGUACUUGUACUUCUUCAACUUCUUCAGACUCUAGCACGUCUUGCUUCUUCUAGAAGAUGGACAUGUAGUCCUUCAGAUCAUUGAUGAGGUCAUUAUGAUUAUGUUGUUAGUUCCGCUAAUCCAAGCCUCAACUUUUCCUACGCGGACUUGUAUGACACUUACGUGCAGGCGGAAAAGGAAGAACGCCUCCGCCUUGAACAGUUCCAGUUAAGGCUUGUCAACAUAGUACUUUCUUUAUUCAUCUUUAGCGACAGGAUAAGGAUACUUUUUAACUUGUCUCAGUCAGACUAAUGAGUGAGUCAAUCCUUCUUGAAUAUCUCAGCAGAUUCUUUUUUCCACUAUGGUGCUAUUGCUUCUGGGGUAGGAGAGAACAUUUUUGCUGAGAAUACAAGUGCAAAAACUCUGUUGGCUCCUGUAGUACAAUGAAUGGAUGAAUCAAUGAAAAUCCUCUAAUCCAGUUGGCAGCGUUGAUCUUGGUGAAAGAGCGACUUCAGCGGCAGUUCAUGCGCGAGCUUGGUUUGGAAUCGGAUCAGAUUUUCUUAACGAUGCUCGGCUACAGUGCUCUCUUCAUACUGAUCUUCCUCUUCUUUUAUGGCGCACAAAGAAAAAGCAACCGGAUAGUUUUUCCCUCAUACCCUAGGUUUAUCCCAACAAACACAAUCUAUCGCAUCAAUCAUAGUUGAUUAUUCUCGUGUGAGCUGUGAAGUUGAGGGUGAGUGUGUAGUUGCCUGUAUCUGUAUGAGAGACCACUGUUAGUGGGUAUCUUUCAGGCUCAACAAUGUUAGUAGGUAUCUUGCUCUAAACGAUUGUUUGGCUCCAUGUCGUCAUCCUCCUUACGAGUUUCUUUUUCUUCUAGAUAGACCGUCGGUGAAUAAUUAACAUCAAAAUCCACAAAGUAGAUUUCUAAUUUUCGCUGCUCGUGUUGCAGAGUUUCGGUCCGGGUCAUAGUUUGAUCACGACUUCGGUCCAGGUCUUCUUCGCAGCUUUCGUUACCUUCAGUGUGGACCGGCUCAGCAGCGAGGGAAUCAACUUGCCGACUUAUCUAUUAAGGCAACUGUUACGACUUAUCUAUUUCUAUUAGGGUCGUGAUAUCAAGAACAUCGAUUGCUUAGCGCGCGGUCAUCUGGCUAUAAUCAUACUACUGGCAACAAGGCUAUGCCUUGUCCUUAAUCAGUCAAAUACCUAGUUUCUUUGCAACUAUUAAGGCCACUGCUACGAUUCCGUCUACGACCCUAAGGAAAAACUCCAUUACGCUUUCGCCCACAAGGACUGCUAGCUACAGCUAUUUCUUUGUGCCUCUUGUUUUAUUUCUCUCCAUAGAUUUGCGCUUGGUUUGAUUUACUUUCCAUAGGGUCUAGUAUCAGAGAUACUCUUAAAUACAAAUCUCCAUGCGCAUGCUCAUCUGAGGCAUGAGAGUUUUGUGAACAAAUCAACUGCAGUUGAUCUUGUCAGUCAGCAACUGUCUACCCUCCGUAGGCAUAGUGGCUAGUACUGGAGAUGCACUUAUACAACUCUCCGUGGGGAGAUCUAAUGUAAGGCAAAUUGAAGGCAGUAGUGAAGAAAUCCGUCAGGGUUAUGCACUAGCUCAUCUGCUGCUGGAGGAGAUAAGAGCAUUGGGCUAGUACGACAAGCUGCUGUGCGUGUACGUCAAGAAGACACCACAUGGGAUGCAGAUGCCAGUAGGUGCUGUUCUUGUACGAGGCGAAAAAUUAGAAUGGGACGAAGAUGCUAGUAGGCGCUGCUGUACGUGUAAGUCAAGAAGAAAGAUGGGAUGAAGAUGCCAGUAGGCGCUGUUGUACGAGAGGAAGACAAGAG